AUGCUCCCAAAGAGCAAGGACAGCGCAUGGCCAAGCCCUACACCAGCUGGCCUGUUUGAUUCUGUGUGUGCCACAGAAUGGGUCUUUGAGUACUUCGGGCAAAAUGGCCAUCAAUACCAAUGCAACAUCAACCAGUCCUGGUUGACAGUGCUUGCUGGAAGGGGUUGGUUACUUGCACAAAAAUCAACAGCAUGCCUCAUCAAGGUGAUGGCAGGGAGUGAAUUUGCUUUUUUGGGCUGGAAAGCUGAGGUGUCACACAUGGGCACCACUACCUGCUACACACUCCCACCUUCCAAAGAAUGCAUCAGGUUCCACCAUAUCUUUGACCUUGAUGAUUGGGUGGUGGUUUCAAAUGAACCCAUGCUCCUGAACGAGGCAAAGGGCCCUUUAGCAUGGAUGAAAAGUGGUGAACCAAGGACUUUGCAAGCCUAUGCUUGCUUGCAAGGCUUCACUACCUUGACCAGCCCUCAUUUGACAGCGCUCAUCAAGCAUUUGGGUGGAAAGGUCCCAGGCAAUGCCUCCAGAAAACAAAGGCAAGAAUUGCUGAUCAAGAUGUGCUUGACAGAGGCAGAGCAGGCCCAAGCACUUGCAACAUUGGAGGAGUUGGGUAAAACCCAGGAAAGGGAUGAUGAACUGGAUUCAGAAUUCAGUGAGAUCCUCUCUGACCUUGACAAGGAGGAGGGGAACCAGCAAGAUAUUAGGGAUCUGAAGGAUAGGAAGAGGAAGUUGCGCGCCAAGAGGAAGAUUGCAGCCAGAGAUGGGCCAGUGGAAAAGGGCAAGGGUUGCACAUCAGAGGCAUUGCCAAAAGAAGAGGCCAUGGAAGUUGUUGAGCCAGCAGACCAAUCCAAACCUCCUGACGAGGUUGCUGAUGAGGAGGGUCCAUUACCCAGCUCUUCCAGCAAGGGGCCAGGAGCUGCACAGGCAGCUGAUCAUGAGGAGGGCCCACUACCAAGCUCUUCCAGCAAGGGGCCAGAACAUGUACAGGCAAAAGCUGAGGCCAGGGGUGGCGAUGAAGGGAAGGGUGGCAUCAAGAAGGUGCACAAAAGCCCAGAAGAGAUUUUAGGCCAGCUCUCACCCCCUGGCUGCUUCAUUGGCAUUGGUUACAAUGCAUGGAGAUUCCAAUCCAAUUUCAAGGUCAAGCCAGCAGUCAAUGAGGCUUUGCUGCCACCUUACAACAAAAAAACAAUGAGCCAGACCUUCCACAAGGUGCGCUCAUGGGAGGCAGCACUUGAGCAAGUGCACAAGUUCAAUUGGGAGAAGUAUCAACUCAUCAAGCAUGAAGUGCAUCCCUUGCCCACAGGUGAGGCGGCACAAACCCCAGGCAAGAUUCCUGACCAACUCUUGGAAGCUUUGAGGCCUGUCAUUCAGAAGAUGGAGGAGCCAAAGAACUAUGCCAAGAAAUAG